UCUUACUUGCUUGUAACCAUACCUGUACACAUUUUGUGUAUAAGAAUGGAUAGGGUGAAGUACGAUGAAACAAGGAUGCUUAGAGAGACCCAAACAUGUCAUCCAAUUUAUCAUGGACCUUGUACAUGGAAAUUGCAUUGUAGGAAUAAAAAGAAAAUGGUCUUUAAUGCCAAGUAUCACUGAAGAGCCAAAGUGCAAGGUAUUUAUCCCUAGUACGAUCUUAUCAGAUGAAGCCAUCAGUAUGAUUCAACCCAAUAACAAGAGUCAAGAUAAACUUCAGUAUGGGAAUCUGAUCACUGAUAUGACGGUUUCAUCUGACAAGACAGAAAAGGUCCAGAUUAUGCCAGAGGAGUGCCCAAAUGACAGCUUUGAUUGUGUAACCAGCCCACAAGCUUCAACAAGCAACAUUGUGUGUGACUCAGUCACUGACUCCUUUGCCAGUGAUGAGGCAGCCAGUAAAACUGAGUGCUUCAAUGUGCAGUGCAUUGAUAGGCCUGCUCCUGAAUGUAGCUCUUUAAUAGACAGAUUAGAAAUUCGUGACUUUCUUAAUUGCAUUGAUGAGAAUUUGGAAGAUUUGCAGGUUAUGCUGUCCGGAAAACAGCUUAACAUUGAUCCUGAUUUUGUCAGUGAUGUUAGUGAGAUUUUUGAAAACACUGAUGGCGCAGGGACCAGAAAAGAAGAUUCUGAGAGUACAGGAAAACGGGUAGUUCUCUACAAAAAUUACCCCUUGCUGACGCUGUUAGAUGAGCUCUGCACUAACUGGGAUUCAGGAAAGGCUAACCAAAUAACACCUCUAGAUACAGCUGACUGUUCUCCAUUAAUUCCUGAUUUAUCAGCUGAUACAAACCCAGCCCUUCCUGACAUCCAACAACUCCAGCCAGACCUUUUACAAAAUGUGGAUGAAUUUGGAAGCUCAUGUGAUGCAACCUGUGCUAAUGGUGAAGAUGGUCUUUCUUCAGAAGAUAUUCUGGCAUGUUCAAGUAUUCCAUUGGCCUUUUCUGAAGCUGAAUCUGACUGCACAACUUGUGAUGUUUUUGAACCUCCUGAGUGACCCAAACGAUCAUUUAACACCCAUUCAGAAUCUUUCUUUAUUCAGCCAGUUUCCUUGAUCAAAUACCAUGUCUUCUCAUGCUGAAAUUGAUGGCUGCAGCCUUCUAAAAUAGGCAGUCUGGAACGCUAACUUGAAUGAAGCAACUGAUAUUUACAGAUGCAGCAAGGAAAGCGCCAUCAAGUUUCCCUUCCAGCAAAAGAAUUUCUGAAUUAAGAAAGCAAAGUUCCAGAGCAGCCAAACAAGUAGGUUUAGAAUUAAUGUUGUUCCUCAAAAAGAAUCUUUCAAUCAAAAUAAUGAAUUCAGCAAAAUAUUCAAGUGGUGCUGCACUUGUAUUAUGCUAAUGAAAAACAGGUGAUUGUGUGCUCUUCAAGGAGCAGAAAAGCCUCCGUUAUUGUCUGUUUCCUUCAGCAGUUUGUAUUUUGGGCAUUAUUUUAUAUUGUACAUCUAAGGUGAAAAUGUUUCCCCUACAGGUAUAAGAAUAUUUUUUGAACUUGACUCAACUGAAUUGACGUGCUUUUAUUAUCUUUCAUGGAACCAAUAUGUAUCCAUUAUAACAAUGUAAUAAAUGUACACAGAACAUUUCUGGUGCUGUUUGCUUUAUUAUUUUAGUGAAUAAAGCAUUACUUGUCAAGUGGCACUUCAAU